AUGGCGCGAUAUGCGCCAUCAGACACUCCAGGCACCGUGGGUGGCAUUGAUGUACAGUACGAUGGGGAUGUCAAUAAAUCAUUAUUAUGUGAUGAAGCUAAUAAGGAGAGCGAGGCCCCUCCAACAGGGAGGGCCUCUCCACAACCAUUGUUUUCUGAUAUCCACAAGGAGAGUGAAGAUGCUCCGCCAGGAGAAUUACCUCCACCAGAGGCAUCUGCUGUUGACAAGGCCCUUGAGGCAGAAAUAAACGAGGGAGAGAAGGUGUCCCCGCCAGCGAAGGAGCUACUAACUUGUACAGAAACAGGCACUCAACGCGAGGGCACUGGAAGGGAAAUAACGCCGGCGGUUGAAGUCCCUUCUGCAGGUGAUGGGGAGACGCAAACUUGUAUAGUUUUAUUAAAGUGUACGAGGGAUCAGCAGGGUCUAUUACCCGGCUUGAGAUCCUCAAUAUAUUACGCGGUGGGCGACUGGAUGAUUCACUUGUUGAUACGCUGCUUGAUUUAGUUCGUGAAAAUCAGAGAGC